AUGAAUCGACUGCAAGAUAUAGGCGGUGCUCAGGCUCUUCUCUCUCUAGGGACGAAAGAGUCAAAGGCGGACGAUAUGAAUCAAAACGCCUCUGGGGACGAUAAGGGAGACUUGCACCCGCAACAUUUAGAAGAGACCGAUCUUCGAGAGCAAAAUCAACAUAGUAUUGAUGCAAAUGGAGACCAGUCACAGAAUGAUGAUGAAUCUCUCGAAGAUAAGGCCAACCAGCAAUUAAAUGACGCCGUUGAAGCUGCAGUCAUGAGGUAUGUGGGAGGUACGCUUGAAGGUAACGACUCGCAAGAUAAUGAAAGGGCAGAAGAGGGCCAUACCAAUGGUGAAGGCUCCCAGACUAGUGGUGGCAACAUUCUCAGUUCAGAGAACUCUAAAAGACGCGUACAUCACGAGGAGAUUAUGUCUCACAUUGGUGACUACCAAUGGGACAGCUUCCUCGAAGAAAAUGUUGCUGAUUUCGACGGACCCUCGCCUAAGCGGCCUCGAAGAAGAAGGAGCUUUGUGAACAAUAAUGAGCUUGAUACAGCAAUACUGGGCUUGGAGGCGGAACCAACAGAGCAUGACCAGCUAGUUCAUGCUGCUAUCAUGGGAGCAGGAGAACUUGCUAAACAGCUUUCACUACCGCCAACAUCAUCAAAUCUACAUCAUUCGCAUAAUCAUCACCAUAGCAGGCCUGAUGGUGCUGCUAUCAAUCAAUUGGCCCACGCCGCAUCUGCUUUGUCCGCUAAAGGAAGAGCAAGGUCCUCACUCAAGCAAAGGCUACCUUCUCGAAACAAAAUCAUCCAGCAAAACGAUAAUUCUUUAAAAAACCAGGAGCUACAAUCAAAGUAUGACGCAGCAUCGAUGGACUCUUUGAUAGAGCAGUGCGCUACCGAUGCUUACAAUUGGUUUCAUUCGCAAAACAGUUUACCACUUUCAGGUCCGCGAGCAUUUUCUCGAGAAGAGAUAGCUAUUGUCGACAAUUACAUUGCAGGUUAUUGUCGUCUAAAUAACAUGACUCGUCUAGACGUUUGUCGGCGUGUCUGGUCUACGGAAAAGUUGAAAGACGGGUUUUGGGAGGCUGUUGCCAAAGUUCUACCCUACAGAAGCCGUGCAUCAAUAUAUAAGCAUGUUCGCCGCCAAUACCAUAUCUUUGAAAUCAGAGCCAAGUGGACUAAAGAAGAAGAUGAAAUUCUUAGCAGGCUCACACAGUCCACCGAGAUGAACUGGAAGAAAAUUGGUGAGGCUAUGAAUCGUAUGCCAGAGGACUGUCGAGACAGAUGGAGAAAUUAUGUGAAAUGUGGUGACAAUAGGGCACUGAACAAAUGGUCCGAGGAAGAGGAGAGAACGUUGAAAAACAUUGUCUUGGAGAUGAUCACUAGCGAGUCUGACGGACCCAUCAAUUGGACUUUGGUGAGUGAACGAAUGAAUGGCGUACGUUCCCGCAUUCAAUGUAGAUACAAGUGGAACAAGCUUCUAAGAAGAGAAUCAAUUUCGAGAGUGGAGCUCAUGGACAAUGAGACUAAGGUGUGGUUAAUCAAUCGCUUGAUCGAGGGUAAUUUUCCCAACGUCGAGAGCAUUGACUGGGACUAUAUUCUACAUCUCUACCAUGAGUGGAACAAAGAUUCGAAAAGUAAAGACUUUUUAUGGACGACCACGGAUUUUAAGGUCGGCUUUGAGAGAUUAAGAGGCAUCGUGAAGGACCACAAAAAUCAGUCCUUGCAUACGGUUCUCUCGAAAAUUGCUUCCUCUCUAUAUUCAGAGACUGGAUCCGAUCGCGGCGAAUUGGUGCCUCAUGAGUCUUUGAUCAAGGUCGAAAAAGAACACUCCGCAGAGAGACAGGCUGAUAGUAUUGCAACCGCCGCUGUUGCCGCGGUAUCAACUGGAGUUAACGAGCAUGAUGCUCAACCACAAGAAUACAGCUUGUGGAGGGAGUAG